AUGCCUCUUGCUAUCAUAUGGCCUGUCGUAUUUUCGCCGCAAAAUGUUGUUGCCUUUCUCUAUUUAAUAGCUUCUCUUCUUUCGUAUUUUACCUUGCCCAUUUACAAUUAUCAACAAUUUUUUCAGUCUCUUCCUCUUUUAAGUUCGAUUUUUCUAUUUGGAAAAUCUACUAUUUAUUCACCCAUUUAUUCAUUUUUGCUCGUGCCAAAACGCUGGUUCCGUCAUUUCUACUUUACUGCCAUUCUUAUUUCCCUAUCAACCCUUUCACCUUUGUUUUCAACUCGUAUUGCAGGAAGUUUGUCUACAAGAAUUGCACUCAUGGUUGUUGUCAUUCAAACUACCAAACGUCUUUAUGAAAGUAUUUACGUACAGAUAUUCUCUAAAAGCGUCAUGUCAAUAGUGCACUACUUUGUUGGACAUUAUUUUUAUCUUACUAUGCCACUUUCUAUUUAUUGGACUUUUUUAUUAGAUAGUGAUGGCUAUUUUAAAAUGGGGUUCUACUUUAUUUGUGCUUCGGUUGUGAUCAUGUUGCAGCAUGUUGUGAUGUUACAGCUUGCUGAUAUUAGGAAGAAUGUUCCAAGAGGUGAACGAAACACUUACCAUGUUCCAACAGGCUACAUGUUUACCCAUGUAACUUGUCCGCAUUUCGCGCUGGAGAUACUACUCUACGCUAUCAUUCAUUUAAUUCUCGGACUUUGUUGGCUACCCUUUACGCCGACAUUUAUCUUUGUUCUCUCAAAUCAAAUUUGCUCCGGUGUGAUCAACCACAUGUGGUAUCAAAAGAAUUACUCCGAUUUUGCAAAGUCUAGAAAAAUCCUAAUUCCUUUUGUAUUUUGA